UUCUCGCAUUCUUGUCUUGUCUUUUGUACGGUACAUAUUAAUAUUCUGGAUUUCUGACCCCUGAAUCUUGUCGCUCUAGUUUCCUUUUCUCUCGCUUCACACCACCCCCCCCUUUUGACCCGCUCUGCGUGCCUGUCCAUGACCUCGAUGCUAGGUUGCUAGUCGACACUCCCACCGCGUAAUGGCAGGAGAGUUAGAUGCAAAAGAUGAGCUGCCUAGAGAAGAUGAGCCUUCGAGAGAAGAUGAGCCAUCCAGGAGAGAGGAGCCGUCAAGGAGUCUCGAUAGGCAACCGACGCAGCCGCUGAACUUGGUAGGGCCUUUGCCCCCUCUAUACAGACCACAUCGACGACGAAAACUUUUCCUGACCGCCGGAGUGCUGCUUGCGACUUUGGAUCUCUGCUGUCUCCCCAUAACAUAUUAUUAUGCCUUGAAGUUUGGCACGUCCAUGAGCCUGCAGGAUAUCUUCGCCGUCAUUACCGGAGUUUAUGGCCUGCUGAGCUUUACGCAUUAUGCCUUCCGAUCCCUCAAAUUGUUUCGCGCGAAGCACGCCGACAAAUGGAGACCCAUAGGAUGGACCAGAUGGGGGAUGCUGGAAUUCCUCCAGGUCAAUGUCCUUAUCAUCGUUACUCUAGUCGAGAUCGAGCUUGUCGCAGGUACUGCACCCAACAAUCCCGUAGUCCGGUUAUGCGCCAUGGCCUCUCCAACAAUCUGCUACUGGAUAGCUUUCCUUUUCUGCGGAUCUGCAAUCCUUACACAUUUGCGUUGGAGACUCCCCUUCAAUAUGUCCUCCACUCCGAAAGGCUCGCCUUGGCGUCCGGCCCUCUUUGCCUUUAUCGAGGACGCCGGAGCUAUUGAAGGUCAAGGAGGAAUCGAAUAUCGCCGACAAAUGAUGAAGAGAUAUGAAGUUAGCCCAAAAUUUAGGCGCAUGGUUUUGAUUAUGACCUGGUUUUGGGGAGUGGGACUUCUCAUCAUCGCCAUUGUCUCAACAGUAGUGAUAAUGGUCGUAGAGACCGACGUUGGAUUUGGUAUAGGCUGGGGUCUUCCUUUUGUGUGGGCAGGCGCGUUGACUAUAUUCACCAUAAUAUACACGAAUAAAGCGGUGGCGGACGAAAAACAGGACUGGUUAACAAAAACACAGUCAAUUCGACCAAUGGAGCCGGUGUAAUAACGGCAGUUGU